GAACCGGCACCCUCCAACGCCAUGCCCCUAACUGUCCCGAGCUAUCCCAGCCGGGCGUACGAUUACGACUACGACUCAAUUCAGCCCUAUUUCUACUACGAGGAUGAGGAGGAGAACUUCUACCUGUCCGGCCAUCAUCGGGGCUGUGAGCUGCAGCCUCCGGCCCCGUCCGAAGACAUCUGGAAGAAAUUCGAACUGCUGCCCACACCGCCCCUCUCGCCCAGUCGCCGAUCCAGCAGCUUCCCUUCCAGUGCUGACCAGCUGGAGAUGGUGACCGAGCUCCUGGGCAGCGAGGUGGUCAAUCAGAGCUUCAUCUGCGAUCCGGACGAUGACGCCUUUGUCAAGUCCAUCAUCAUCCAGGACUGCAUGUGGAGUGGGGGCUCGGCAGCAGCCAAACUCCAGAAGGUGGUCUCCGAAAAACUUGCUUCCUACCAGGCUGCGCGCCGGGACGGGGCGGGGGCCUCACUGCCCCUCCGCAGUGGGAACUGCAGCAGCAGUAGUAGCCUCCCGUUGUCUUCUUCGCAGACCUCUGCCUCUUCUCCCAGCAGCGCCUACCUGCAAGACCUGGGGGCCUCUGCGGCUGAGUGCAUUGACCCCUCUGUGGUCUUUCCUUACCCACUGGGGGAGAAGACCCCCAAAGCUGUAGAAGCUGCUGCUGCCUCGCCUGACCCAUGCCCAGCUUCCUUGCUGGGCCAAGAUACGCCCCCAACCACCAGCAGUGAUUCAGAAGAAGAGGAGGAGGAGGAGGAGGAAGAACAGGAGGAGGAGGAAGAAAUUGAUGUUGUUACUGUAGAAAAAAGGCAACCUGCAACCAAGAAAUCAGAGUCCACUGUUCACACAUCUGGGGGACACAGUAAGCCCCCUCACAGCCCUCUGGUUCUCAAGCGCUGCCAUGUCCCGAUCCACCAGCACAAUUAUGCCGCCCAUCCUUCCACACGCCACGAAUACAGCUCCGCCAAAAGGCUAAAGUUGGACAGUGGUCGGGUUCUGAAACAGAUCAGUAACAACCGCAAAUGUUCAAGUCCGCGCACCUCAGACUCGGAAGAAAACGACAAAAGGCGAACACACAACGUCCUGGAGCGACAGAGGCGGAAUGAGCUGAAACUGAGUUUCUUUGCCCUGCGUGACCAGAUCCCCGAAGUAGCGAAUAACGAAAAGGCUCCUAAAGUGGUCAUCCUUAAAAAGGCCACCGAAUACGUCCUCUCCAUCCAGUCCGAAGAGCAUAGACUUUUAGCGGAAAAAGAACUUCUGAGGAAGCGACACGAACAACUCAAAAACAAACUUCAACAGUUGAGGAACUCUUGUGUUUAAAAAUAAAUAAAUAAAUUGAAUAAGUGUUGCUAUUAAUAUUAUUAAAGCCUAUAAAACCUAUAAACAUUGGGAACAGAAGUGGACCUAGAAGGUGUGAAAUAUCAACCUGACAUAAGUGUUGUCAUCAACAACACCAACCCUGCGUAAAUGUUAUAAUGGACUCCAUUUUGUAAAACUGAAGAACUGUUGCGAAUGCAUGCCGAACAGCCAUCCAGCAUAAAGGCUGGAUUUCUCCAAGCCUUGUCUAAGAACUGAUGAAAAUUUGGGGGUGCAAGCUUAUGCUUGCAAAAGGGGUGAGGGUUGUAUUUGGGGGGGGGAUGAGUAAUGAAGUUUUUCCACUUUCUUUUUUGUAUUUAAAGCAUUUUUCUCUUAAAAGUGAUUUUGGACUAGCUGUUGUCAGAGUUGCUGUAAAUAUUUACACAGCCUAAUGAUAUGUAAAUAUCUUUAAUAAAAAAAAUCUUUAUAGAAAAGGUUAAAAAAAAAGAAGCCGUCAGCAGAUCAUUAAGAUCACAACUUAAUGGUUGUGGCAACUGAAUUUAUAAAUUGUCUUGAAUUUUUGGUGCCAUAACAUCUCUCACAGAUUUUUGCUCAUUCUUAUUUAAGUACCUUUUUUGUCAUUUUUUAAAAAGAUCUGAUUUUAUUUUGUGUUUAUAGAUAAAUAAACUAUUUCCCG